AUUUAUGGAAAGAAUGGUAUCUAUUUUAAAAAUUUACUUAAUAUUUGCAAGAAAUUAUUUUUUUUAAUCACGACACCGUUUUCGCUUCUAAUGUAAUGCCCCUUCCCUCUGGAUACUGGACUGGGUCUUUUUCUUGUCUGCGCUACUCUAGAGUCAAGGCACUGUUUCCUCUGUUGCAGUCUCGCUGCUAUUCCAUCUAGUGUCCUUCAACACCACCGUAGCCCCCUCCGUCUCCGGCGACGGAGCUGCUGCUGCAACCUUCUUUACACAUCCUCUACACGCUCUGCACCCCGACCACAAACCACCACAAAGGUUAGUAAGACAAUAAACUGGAUGAAAUUGCCUCAUAAACUUGAUAUUGAAUGCUGAAUUUGUGAGAAUCAUAACUCUGAACGAACGUGAUCAUCAAAUGUACAAAAUCUUGGUCUGGGCUCAGGUUUUUAUCCCUAUUAGGGAAAAUAAUGCAGGACUUUUGUCCGUCUAGUCAAAGAAUAUUGAUAUUAUGGAUUUAUUUGACAGAUAUUUUAUCGUGCCUGUAAUUCCAACUUGUGGAGUAUGGACCGGUUAGCCAUAUCCUUUCUUCUAUUGGUUCCUGAAAUUUCUAUAUAAACAUAGGAACAGCCCAAUCGACAACUUAAACAUUCGAAGCUUAGAAAGAUUCUGAACAAAGAUGGCUGGUCAAGAAAAAACUCUAGUGGAAAUCUUAGAAGAGAAUAACCCUAUUGAUCUUUCCAAAUACAUAAACUAUGUCAGUGCUCCACAGGCUGGUGCCAUAGCUACAUUUUCAGGCACAACUCGGGACACAUUCGAAGGGAAGAUAGUUGUGGAGCUAAGGUAUGAAGCAUAUGUACCAAUGGCGGUACGCCAGAUCAAAUCCAUAUGUUCAUCAGCUAGAUUAUCUUGGAAUGUCCACUCCAUUGCUGUUGCACACCGCCUGGGUCCAGUUCCAGUCGGAGAAACUAGUGUCUUUAUUGCAGUAUCAGCUGUUCAUCGAGCUGAUGCUCUGGAUGCUUGUAAGUUUGUUAUUGAUGAGUUAAAGGCAUCUGUUCCAAUAUGGAAGAAGGAAGUUUAUUCCAAUGGAGAGGUUUGGAAGGAGAAUUCGGAGUUUAUGGAGAGGAAGCAGGAACUAGGAAAGACGGGCUGCUGCAGCAAGAAGGUUGAGUUUGAGGCACAUGUCACAAAGGGCUGCUGUGGAUCUAAGGUCAAAGUGAAUGAUGAAGCUGCAAAAGAUGAGCAUCAAUGAUGAAACUGAGAAAUAGAAAAUUCCAUGGAAAUUGCAGGAUUUAUUUUUUUCUUAACUUUUGUUUAAACACAAGGAAAAUAAAAAGGGAAAUGAUUGUACCAGUAUUUUAUGUAACUUGUCUAAAUAAAAUGCUGGCCCUUCUGGUUUGUUCUUCA